UUGUAGUGACGCUUGCACGUCAGACAAAAUAACCAACAUGUACAAAUUGGUAAUUCUCCUCGCCUUGGUGGCCGUUAGCGCAGCCGCCCCUGCUCCUAGUGCCGUCCUGGCGUAUUCUUCACCAGCUCUGGUAUCGCCGGUGGUUUCUUCAGUGGUCUCGCCUGCAGUCACGAGCUACUCCAGCUACUCCCACGGGGUGGUCCACGGUUCUCCUCUAGUCUCCUCUGUAGUACCAGUAGUACACUCGCCUGUAGUUCACACUGUCCCCUUGACUUACUCCAGGGUCAUGCAACAGUUUCUCUCGGAACACAAAACAACACAGACCACAAUGUUCAAGCUGGUGGUGUUGUCCGUCAUCCUGGCCGCAGCGGCCGCCAAGCCUAGCGCCAUCGCCCCAUGGGGACUCGGCCUUGCCGGUUUAGGAGCGCCGUUGCUGGGAGCUCAUUUGGCUGCUCCCAUCGCACCCAUUGCGCCCGUUGUCAGUGCACCAGUACUCGGCGCAUACAACUACAGAGGCCCCCUGUCACUAGCACCUGGUCAGCCCGCCAACAUUUUGGCUGCUGACGGCAGGCCUCUCGAUACCAUCAGUGUGAACUUGGACCGUGCUGCUCACCUCACCGCAAGGGCCGUAGAUGGAGCUCAUGGACUCGGACUUGGACUCGGUCACAUUCUGAAGAAACGUUCAGCUCCUCUGCUGGCUCCUGCUGCCGCGUGGUCACACACUGCUCGCAUUGACUUGCCCGCUGCCCACCUGGCCGCCCCCUGGGGAGCCCCGCUUGCCGGCCCUUUGGGUGUAGCUCCAUUGGCGCACGCCGGAGUCCUAGGGCACGCAGGACUAUUGGCUCGUCCUGCCCUUUUAGGUCAUGGCGCUUUGGGUCAUCUUUGGUGAAAAUAAUCAACAAUAUAGUAUAAAAUA